AUGUCAUCCUCCCACCGAAUUGGGCAGCGCGUCUCCUACGAUGGAGCCCUCUGCACCGUGAGGUUCGUCGGUGAGGUCGCAGGCACCACGGGUACCUGGCUCGGAGUGGAAUGGGACGACUCGGCCCGGGGCAAACACGACGGAUGCCACAAGGGCGUCCGCUACUUUACAUGCAAAUCAAAGUCCCCCACCGCUGCAUCCUUUGUUCGGCCUUCGCGCCCUGCUGACCCGCCGCGGCACUUUCUGGCUGCCGUCAACCACAAGUACGCCUCCGAGUAUACCCUUCCCGACGGCCGGAGGGCAGCCGAGGAGAUCAUCUUCUUUGGGAAGCGUGCGGAGGAGGUCGGCUUCGAGAAGAUCCGAAGGAAGCAGGCCAAUGUGGCCGAGCUCACCGUCGUCAUCCUUGAGGACCUGCAGGUCGCUACCCCGAGGGCUGAGCAUGAGGAGGAGGGCGUCAUAGCCAAGACGUGUCCCAAGAUCACCCAGCUUGACCUCAGCCGCAACUUGUUUGAGCGGCUUGACCCUGUGCUCGACAUUUGUCGUGAGCUGCCAAACCUUCAGCAUCUGAGCAUCAAUGGAAACCGUUUCCAGGAUGUUCUGGACAAUCAAACCACGGGUGUGAUUGAUGGCGUCAAGGAGUUGUCGCUUGAGGAGACAAUGCUGAGUUGGGAAGAAGUCUGCCACAUCGCCGUCAAAUGCCCCAUCCUGGCUGCACUUGAUGCUGGUUCAAAUCACCUUCAUAGCCUUCCCCUUGUCAACUUUGGAACUCUUGCAUCUACUCUGACUUCAAUCAACCUUGAGAUCAACGAGUUUACGACACUUGCCGACAUCAGCACUCUCACAGCUCUCAAGGCCCUCCGCAACAUCCACCUCAAAGGGAACAACAUCUCAGCCGUUGCACCAGAAGGCUCUGAAGGUCCCAUGUUCUCCGACUCUGUUCAGUAUCUCGACGUUUCCUACAACAACAUCCAGUCAUGGACGUUUGUGGAUCAGCUACCCAAGCACUUUCCAGGUCUAACAGGCUUGCGGAUUGGACACAACCCAUUCUACGAUGCAGCCGAUAUCGAUGCCAAGGCUUCAUCCGCAGAAGAGUCUCACAUGUUCGCCGUGGCCCGUCUUGCCUCACUCAAGUCUCUCAACUUUAGCCAGGUCACGCCUGCUGACCGCACCAACGCCGAGAUGUUUUAUCUCUCUCGUAUUGGAAAACAGCUCGCGGCCGUGCCAGAGAAUGCAGAGGCGGAAGUUUUAGCCCAUCAUCCUCGUUAUGCUCAACUUUGCGAGAUGUAUGGUGAGCCAACCAUCAACCGCCGGUUAGAGGUCAAUCCUGCAUUUCUUGAAGCCAGGUUAGUUACAGUUGGUUUCCACUUGGGCAAAGGCGAAGAGAAGGUCACACAGAUUCCCAAAUCAUACGACAUCUACGCUGUGAAAGGAGUCGCUGGAAAACUCUUUGACAUGUCCCCCCUCAAGAUGGGACUCGUCUGGGAGACUGGCGAGUGGGAUCCCGUGGCCGGUUUCGAUGACCAAGAGGGAGACAGCAGCGACGAGGAGGAAGCCGAAGAAGAGAGGGAACGAAAGGGGAUAGACACACACGCCGCGGAGGAUAGCUCAGGCAAGGCAGGACGAUGGGUCAAGAGAGAGGUGGAACUCAAGGACGGGCCUAGGCAGCUGGGAUACUGCGUGGACGGGUUGGAUGUCAAGAUCCGCGUGGAGGUUCGAUAG